CAAAACAUACGUCCCCUAUCCCUUCCAACCCCACAAGAAAGGACGGAACGAGCAGUGGAGAGCGGUAGGAGGUUAGAAGAAAGAAGCGUAUUAACGAAGAGAGAGAGAGAGACAGGGGGAGAGAGAGAAGUUGGUGGAUGCUAAGUCUGCUUCUUCUUAAGCUCCUCCGCCGGUCAACCUCGGGGUUCCUCGGCCACCUUCCGCCGUUGCGCUCUUUAAGAAAGGUACACUGCUGUGAACCAUGGUUAGCAUUAGGAGACGCAGAUUGUUGGGGCUCUGUUCUGGAAAAAACUCCAUUCCAGUUGAGUUGCCUGGACCAAUCGAGGGCAGUAAUACUGUCGAAAAUCUUAAUAAAAAUGUUAAGCCUUUCAGCAUUCAUCCCAUGCCUUCAGUUGCUUCAAAUCAUGAAAAGCCAGUAAAUCUCUCUGAAACAAGCUUUGGAGCUUCAACCGUGUCUUCUUUUCGCUCACCAAAAUUGGAAACAAAUAAUUAUUUUCCAGGUAAAGAAAUCAAACGUAGAAGGAGACACCGGAGGAAGUACUAUGAAGAUCAAGAACCAUGCAUAAUGAGAGGAGUUUAUUUCAAAAAUAUGAAAUGGCAAGCAGCAAUUAAAGUUGACAAGAAACAGAUCCAUUUGGGCACUGUUGGUUCCCAAGAAGAAGCUGCCCGAUUGUAUGACAGAGCGGCUUUCCUGUGUGGCAGAGAACCAAAUUUUGAACUGUCAGAGGAGGAGAAAAAAGAACUUAGCCAGUAUAAAUGGGAUGAGUUCCUCGCCAUGACACGCACUGCCAUCACCAGUAAAAAGCACCAAAGAAGGGCUGGAGUGGGAAGGAGAAAGAAGCUAGGGAUCGAGUCGCAGGGUAGCGAUAUGGAGCCCGAGAAGGGCGCCGGUGGCAUGUCGUCGAUGUCCGAUGAUGGCGAGAUGGAGACCGCUGCCUUGUGAUCGUCCUUGGCAUUAAGGAGAAAAGAAUUAAUGGGGAUUCAGAUACUCUUUAAGUUUCUCAUCUUAGUUGUCUAAUUCACUUUUGAGUAUUUGGGUUUGAUUUCACUAAAAGCUCACUUACUUUGAAAGAGAUCAGUUGGUUCAAUCCCAGCCGCUCAAAGUGAACUGGACAGUUGAGAUGGGGUAAUUAGUAGUUACACUUUUAGAAACACCAUGAUUGAUUGGAGGGAAUACAAGUUUGAAGCAGUUGUUAACCCUUGUUUUUACAGUGAGGGUUGUUCAAAUAAUUUGUUUAGAUUACAUUUUUCAUUGUUUGGGUGUGUAUAAGGGCUCCCAUUAGGGCAAGCUAGGGUUCACAACAUUUAUCAACUGCAUUUACUGAACGCUUUUGGCAUUCUUCUAUUCAAUAUGAGGCUGUAAUUGGAUAAUUCUACUUUUUUACUUGGUUUUUAGUUUUUUGAAUUA